AUGGCCGGUCGUUUUGUCCGUUCGUCGAAGUACCGACACAUCUUCGGCCGUUCCACACGAAAGGACCAAUGCUACGACAGCCUCCGGGUCUCAACUAAUGCAUGGGAUACCAACCUGCUAAAGGUCAACCCAGAAUUCAUCUCCGUUAACUGGGAGACUGCAGGCGGUGGAGCUUUCGCAGUCAUUCCUCUCCACGAAAAGGGCCGACUUCCAGAACGUAUUCCACUCUUCCGUGGUCACACAUCAGUAGUUCUCGACACAGACUGGAACCCAUUUAAUGAUUCCCUAAUUGCUUCUGGAGCUGAUGAUGGAAAGGCAAGUGAUAAAGUGCCUGAGGGAUUUACUCUGCACACAGAUGCAGAAGAGAUUCAGGACGUUGCUCCAGUCGGCAGACUUCCAGGUCAUCCUAAGAAAGUUGGCCAUGUUCUAUUCAACCCUGCCGCCGAGAACGUCCUUGCCUCUUCAUCCGGAGACUUCACCAUAAAGAUUUGGGACAUCGAAGCUGGUGCAUCUAAACUCACCCUUAAUAUCAAUGAAGUAAUACAGUCCAUGUCUUGGAGUGCAAAUGGCUCCUUAUUAGUCACGACUUCCCGUGAUAAGAAACUGCGCAUUUGGGAUGUUCGACAAGAGAAGCCAGUACAUGAAGGAGCUGGCCAUCCUGGUGCUAAGAACAGUCGAGCUGUAUGGAUGGGAGAGCACGACCGCAUUGCAACAACCGGGUUUUCCAGGAUGAGUGACAGACAAAUGGCGCUGUGGGAUGUUCGUGCUGCUAGGGAGCCUAUCAACGGCUUUCAAGUACUAGAUUCCAUUUCCGGUGUCUGCAUGCCAUUCUGGGACCAAGGCACCCAGUGUCUAUACCUUGCAGGAAAGGGAGAUGGAAACAUUCGAUACUUCGAGUACCAAAACGACAAGUUUGAAUAUUUAGCCGAGUAUAAAUCUGGUGAUCCCCAGCGAGGGGUUGCAUUUAUGCCAAAACGAGGCGUCAACAUGCACGAAAACGAGGUCGUAAGAGCCUACAAAACGGUUAACGAUGCAUACAUUGAGCCAAUUUCAUUCAUUGUUCCCCGCCGUGCAGAGGUGUUCCAAGAUGACAUCUACCCCCCCACUACCGGUAUUAGUCCUGCUAUGUCUUCUAGCGAAUGGUUUUCAGGCAAAGAAGCACUCCCUCCUAAGAUCGACAUGGCUAGACUAUACGAAGGAGGAGUCAUGACUGAACUCCCUGCAGAUGCAACGACUUCUACAAUUCAGGCCGAAGUGAAGGCACCUGAGCCAGUUAAGCAGGCAGAGCCAGCUCCAAAACCAGCGCCAGAGCCCACCCCUGCACCAACUGCGGCUGAAAUUCCCCCUCGCGCCGGUAUGAAAGAGCAAGGCGCCUCCAUGGCCGCGGCCGCAUCAAAAUAUAUGGAUAAAGAUGAGGAUGAGAAAGAGACGGGUGGCAGCUCGAGUUUUGAUGCGCCUAAGUCCCAACCACAAGAGGUACCCUCCAUCUCUGUCUCUCCAGUACAGGCUGAGGCAUCUCAACCAGCCAAGCAGGAGCCAAAGGAAUCAAAGCCUACUCCAUCAGCGGCAGCACCAAGCACCUCGGCACUGACUAGCAAAAAUGCCGAUUCUACAGCCUCAGAGCCGUUGUUAAUGAAAGAGAUUGAGGCCAUUAAAGAUGUGCUAACCGAACAAACUCGCACUAUCACCUCUCAGGCCGAGGAGCUCAAAGCCCUCAAAUCUGAAGUUGCCAAUCUCAAGUCGAAACUCGGAUAG